CGUGAUUGAAAACUUCUAUUUAAAAACAGAAGCGAAAGCAUUGCCUUCAUUUGGACGUCCUUAAGCUAAUCGCAAGGAUGUGGCGUCUAGUGUGUCUGUGUGUCCUGAGUGCUCUGGCGGGCAGCUGGGCCAGACCUCAUCUCGCCCCGCUCUCCGACGAGAUGGUCCACUACGUCAACAAGGCCAACACCACCUGGACGGCUGGCCACAACUUUCAUGACGUGGACUACAGCUAUGUGCGCAAGCUGUGCGGGACACUGCUGAAGGGCCCUAAACUGCCCCUCAUGGUGCAGUAUGCGGGGGAAGUGGAGCUGCCUACGAACUUUGACUCGAGAGAGAACUGGCCCGACUGCCCCACCAUUAAGGAGGUCAGAGACCAGGGAUCAUGCGGCUCUUGCUGGGCUUUUGGUGCUGCCGAGGCCAUGUCUGACCGUGUGUGUAUUCAUAGUAACAGCAAAGUAAGCGUAGAGAUCUCUUCGGAGGAUCUGCUAACCUGCUGUGAAUCCUGUGGAAUGGGGUGCAAUGGUGGCUACCCAUCUGCAGCGUGGGACUACUGGACACAAGAGGGUCUGGUGUCGGGUGGAUUGUACAACUCUCAUAUUGGCUGCCGUCCCUAUACCAUUGAGCCCUGUGAGCACCACGUGAACGGCUCCCGCCCACCCUGCAGCGGAGAGGGAGGGGACACACCUGAGUGCACGAUGCAGUGUGAGGCCGGUUAUUCCCCUGCCUACAGGUCCGAUAAGCACUUCGGUAAGAACGCAUACAGUGUUGGGGGCACUGAGAAGCAGAUUAUGAGGGAGCUUUUUGAGAACGGACCAGUGGAGGGAGCCUUCAUCGUCUACGAGGACUUCCUGCUCUACAAGAAGGGGGUGUACCAGCACACAACUGGCUCUCAGGUCGGGGGUCAUGCCAUUAAGGUCCUGGGCUGGGGAGUGGACAAUGGCACCCCCUACUGGCUGUGUGCCAACUCAUGGAACACAGACUGGGGUGAGAAUGGCUUCUUCAGGAUUCUGAGGGGUUCGGAUCACUGUGGCAUUGAGUCUGAGAUCGUGGCUGGCAUUCCUGCCUAGUGUGUUGCCUUGGAGGUUUAUUCAGGAUGGCGGACGAGGCAGAGAUGCCACUGAGGCUGCUGUACGUUCUGAGCCCUUCUGCCUGAUACACAUGCACAUGUAAUGGACUUCUCAGCUGCUGUACUGUAGGUGACCUGUAGAGGGCGUUUGGUUCAGAGCUAAAUGCUGCCUGAUGCAGUGGGUUGGCCUUUUUUAUUUGACUGUCAAACUUUUUUUAAAUGAUGCUGAUAUUGUGGAUUUUAAACUUUUUUAUAAUGCUUUUUAUGAAUGUGAUUAAAUUGGAACUAAGUUUUAGUUUUUGCUCAACUACAUGGUGUUAUUCCACUGGCACUAAGGUUUUUGGUGUUGCUACUGUUAGUAUUGAAGGUACAGAACGAGAUCGCUUUGUCUAGGUUUGUGGGUUACUGCAUAAAUUGACUUAGGCUGUGGCAAUGUUUUGUGUUAUGUCUUAUUUUGGCAUUUGGAACUUGAGUCAUUUGCAUUCAGUUCUUGUGAAUUUGCAGUUUAUGUUUAAAAUUUUCCCCAGGAUUUUUUUUUUUUUUUUAAAUGUCGCACAAUGAAAUUGCUUUGUGCAUGUGAACAAGGAACACAAUGUACGGGAAACUCACUAUAUGGAGCAGUUUGCAUUUCAAUGUGGUCGCUUUUCAUAAGGGCGGAAGGACUAUCUCCGGAUUCAAUGUGUUUUUCUUUUCUCUCUGAUGCACAUGUUUGUAUGUGUGCACUGCUUCAGUAGUAAAGGCCAAUAGCCCAGUGGGUGUGGGCUUUUCAUCCUGCGAUAUCAUCUGUGACGCUCCAUUGAAAUAAAAAUUAAUACAUCUA